CCUCCAAAGUCCACAUACCAGCAUAUUCUCAAUUCUAUUCUUUCGCCACACGCCGCUUGCUUCUCGAACCUUCUCCAAUGGCCUCCUUCGAUGAAGCUCCUCCCGGAAACCCCACCGCCGGCGACAAGAUCUUCAGAACUAAGUGCGCUCAGUGCCACACCGUCGACAAAGGCGCCGGCCACAAACAAGGACCCAAUCUGAAUGGUUUGUUUGGAAGACAAUCUGGGACAACUCCUGGAUAUUCCUAUUCCGCGGCUAACAAGAACAAGGCUGUGAACUGGGAUGAGAAAACACUGUAUGAUUACUUGCUUAACCCCAAGAAGUACAUCCCGGGGACAAAGAUGGUGUUUCCUGGUCUCAAGAAGCCCCAGGAUCGUGCUGAUCUUAUUUCCUAUCUGAAGCAGGCCACUGCAUCAGAAUAGAAUUUCCGUAUGAUUUUCAAACAUGGAGGUUUAAUUUUCGCACAUUUUAUUGUGUGGUGCAAACCACUUAUCUUGGCAAAAAUAAAAGCAGACUUGAUUAGUUUGCAGUGCUAUUUUGUUCCUUUUGCAUUGCAUUGCUUCUUUAGGGUUGCAGUUGCGAAUAUUGGUUCUGAACUAAUAUUAAGACAUUGGUUGUUGAAAGCUGAAACAUUCUUAUUAAAUUUUACUUAAGUGGAAGCUUAUUUUUGUUUUCAUUUGUUGCAAUUAUCUUGUGUUUUUUAACUUUGAGUUUGCUUAAUCGAAUGCAUUAUAAUGCAAUUUCUUUCCUAA